AUGCAGACACAGCCAUCAGAUACACAUAUUGAUCGAGGGAUUCUUCAAGCACAUUUCGUAGAAUUGGCACCAGUGCAAGAAGCACUGGAACAAAACACUGGAUCUAAACCAAGCCUGCUUGUAUUGGUGGGUAUAAUGUCGGAGUAUCCAAUGCAACGGGACGAAGCAAAGGAUGUGCAGGACGCUGAAGCCUUAAAAGGACGGCAUUCAGUUGGUAGAUCCAGAGGUCGGAGUAAGCGCAGCGAUGCGCUUUCCUACCAAUUCUUGAACGGCCUGAAGAAUCUCGAGUUCAUUGGAGCAGGCACGGAACCCUUCGGGCGUUCCGUCAAUGAGGCCAGACAUGAUCUGCUCCGCUCGCUUGGCCCCUGA